AUGCGUACCGAAUUGGAUAAAGUUGUAGCCUUGAAAUCAGAAGAGAUCACAUCACUGCAACGGGAUAUCGAAUUGCUUAACUCUAAGACCGAAGACUCCAGCGAACUGGUAGCAAAGUUGAACGCAGAAAUUUCUGCAAAGGAUGUUGAAAUCGAGAAUAUCCGUCAAGAGGUGAGGUUUUUUUCAAGGACUGCAAAAAAGAAGUAA